AAAAAUAUUCAGUAGAAGCAAAGAAGCAUCCAUAAACAUCCAGAUAUUCAGACUUCGCUGCUGCAGCGCCACCUGGUGGAAAACAUCCGUGCUGCUUGAGCAGCUGCGCGGCCGCCAGGGGGCGCAACAGGCCGCGUAGUUCCCUCACUCCAGUUGUUGGUUCCGAUUAAAACGUCAAAAUGCGGCCAGACAGCAGUGAUGACGUCAUGUUUAAUUCCUGCCAGCAUGUUCUGGUUCCGAUCCAACUUCAACAGAACCAGGCAUCAACUCAUUAAUACACGAACAUCUGCAGACAUUUAAUAUUCUGACUGAAAUGAGUUCUGGAUGUUUGACACUGAAACCUGCAGAUGAUCCAGAAAGACGGGAAAACUUUCCCAGUUUUCCAGACAGUUUUCCUCCUCCUUCCCUUCCCGGCUCCAUCUGCAGCCGCGCGCUCCUCCAUCACUGGAAAGGAAUGCAGAAAUAUGGAAAAGUUUCCGUGCGCGUGCCAGCCCUUCAGAGGUUACGCACCACUUUCUGGCCCGGCUGCGUGUCGUAAGCGCUGGGAGCGCUGGGAGUGCUGGGAGCAGCCCCCCUGUUAAGUAGCGGGCCGCGUGGAAGCCCUCCCCACUUGGAAGAGGCUCCCCGACGCGUCUGGGAAGCCACAGAACCCACGGAGAUCCCGAACCGGACCGGACCAGCCCGCGCGCCACCGAGGCUUCCUGCUUUCUUCCCGUUUUGAGAGCAGAACCAGCAGCUUCCCGCAGAUCGUCGCAUGCUGAGCUGAGGAAGAGGAGCAGAAGAUGAAGAGCACCCUGCUGCUGCUGCUGCUGGUGGUGGUGGUGGUGACCUCCUCCCGGGCCCAGGACCAAGUGGACGCGCCGAGCAACUUAAGGUUUAAGAUUUUAAAUGAGAACACGGUUGAGAUGAUCUGGAGCCGGCCGCUCAGCAGGAUUCAGGGCUACAGGAUACAAGUGACCUCUGACUCAGGCGAAGCGGCGAGACAGUUUUCUCUGCCUGCCUCUGCCACUAAGACGUCCAUCUCAGAGCUGAGUCCUGAUGUGGACUAUGUGGUUACGAUCGUGGCGUUCGCCGGAUCCCAGCAGAGUCUGCCCAUCUCUGGCCAGCUCACACUUGAGUCGAGCAGCAGCUCCAGAGGAGGAACCAGGAGACCCGACUCAUCCGACCCAGUCAGGUGCCCGGCCUCCGCUGCCGCUGACCUCCUCUUCCUGGUCGACGGCUCCUGGAGCGUCGGCAGGCCGAACUUUAAGUACGUCCGCAGCUUCAUGGCGGCGGCAGCUGGAGCGUUCCAGAUUGGCGAGGACAGAACCCGCGUUGGCGUGGUCCAGUACAGUGAUGACCCGCAGACCGAGUUCAGCCUGAACCAACACCUGACCCGACCCGCUCUGAUGAAGGCCAUCGGCUCGCUGCAGUACAAGGGAGGCAACACCAGGACAGGCGAUGCGCUCAGCCACCUGCUGGCCAGCGGCUUCUCCGAGGCGGCCGGCUCCAGGAAGGGCUUCCCCAAGCUGCUGCUGAUCAUCACGGACGGGAAGUCGGACGAUCCGGUGGAGGACGCCGCCCGGCGGCUGAGGAGCCGAGGCGUGGACGUGUUCGUCCUGGGUGUCCACCAUGCUGACGAAGAGGAAAUGAGGCUCAUGGCGUCCACGCCCUACAGCCGCCGCGUGUUCGGCGUGGCGAACUUCGAGCAGAUCCGGUCAGUGCAGAAGGAUCUGAUCAGCCAGAUGUGCGCCAGUGUGGAGGAUCAACUCGACUCGCUGGUCAGCGGAGAAGAAGUCGUGGAUCCAGCCUCUAACCUCAGAGUCCUGGAGGUGGCCUCCAAGUCCAUGCGGGUGAGCUGGGACGCCUCCGGUGGAGACGUUUCAGGCUACCGGGUCCAGAUGAUCCCCAUGAUGGCCGGCAGCAAGCAGCAGGAUCUGUACCUGGCCUCGUCUCAGACCUCCGUGGUGGUCCGAGACCUUUCUCCUGACACCGUGUACCAAGUCAACAUUUUCACCAUGAAGGACCUGAUGUCCAGCGAGCCUGUGACGGUCAUGCAGACAGAACCUGUUAAAGUCUCCCUGGAGUGUUCUCUUGGGGUGGAUGUGCAGGCCGACGUUGUUCUCCUGGUUGAUGGAUCCUACAGCAUCGGUGUGACAAACUUUGCCAAAGUGAGAGCUUUCCUUGAAGUUCUGGUGAACACCUUUGACAUCGGCCCAAACAAAGUCCAGAUCGCCUUGGUGCAGUACAGCAGGGACUCACACACCGAGUUCUACCUGAACACUCACCAAGACGUCAACGCCGUGGUCAAGGCGGUGAGGACUUUCCCGUAUCGCGGCGGCUCUACCAACACCGGCAGGGCCAUGACCUACGUCAGGGAGAAGAUCUUCCAGACCAGCAGGGGGGCACGUGCCAACGUCCCCCGCGUCACCAUCCUCAUCACCGACGGCAAGUCCGACGCUUUCAAAGAUCCAGCCACCAAGCUGAGGAACGCCGAUGUGGAGAUCUUUGCUGUGGGCGUUAAAGACGCCGUACGAAGUGAGCUGGAGGCUAUCGCCAACACCCCCGCAGAGACUCACGUCUACACGGUGGAGGACUUCGACGCCUUCCAGAGAAUAUCCAAGGAGCUGACGCAAUCCAUCUGCCUGAGGAUCGAGCAGGAAAUCCGCAGCAUCUUCCAGAGAAAACUCGUCCAGCCCAGAGCGCUGACCUUCUCUGACGUCGGCUCUAGGAGCUUCAGGACGUCCUGGGAGAUCGACGCCACCAACGUGGACUUCUUCUUGGUCCAGUUCAAGCCGGAGGAAGACGCAGAGGGACACUAUGUGUCCAUGUCUGUCCCAGGGGACUCCCGUACCGCCGUCCUGCCCCACCUCAGCCCUCUGACCCGCUACGAAGUCAGGGUGUCGGCUCAGUACGCCAAAGGGGAGAGCCUCGCAGUGAGCGGCUAUGAGACGACCACAGAAGAGGCUGGACCCGCCAAGAACCUGGUCACCAGCGAUGUCAGCGCCUCCAGCUUCAGGGCCUCCUGGACCGCGGCGCCCGGAAGGGUCCAGGCCUACAAGGUCUGCUGGAAGUCCCUGUUCUCUGGGGAGCAGGGGGACAAAACUGUCCCAGGGGACGAGACGUCCACCGUCCUGGACGGUCUGAGUCCAGAGACCCGCUAUCAAGUGUCUGUGAUCGCCGCCUAUGACCACAAAGACAGCGAGCCGCUGACCGGGCUGGAGACCACGGACGCGUCUCCAGCAGCCAAGACUCUGAGGGUGUCCCACGAGACGGAGCGGACCAUGAAGGUCACAUGGAAACCGGCUCCGGGGAACGUCCUCAACUACCGUCUGAAGUACGUCUCCGUGGACGGAGGCAAAGAGGUGGUCCUGAAGCUGCCAGGGACGGCGGCGUCCACCGUCCUGAAGCGCCUGCAGCCCGACACGUCCUACAGCGUCUCCGUCCUGCCCGUCUACAAGCGCGGGGACGGAAAAGCAAGGCAAGGAGUAGGAACGACACUGCCGGCCUUCAAGGCCCCCAGGAACCUGCUGACCUCUGAACCCACUAAGACCAGCUUCAGGGUUUCGUGGGACCCCGCUCCGGGGGACGUGCGGGGCUACAAGGUGACCUUUUACCCCUCUGGGGACGUCGUGGACCUGGGAGAGCUCAUGGUGGGUCCGUACGACAACACCGUGGUUCUGGAGGAGCUCAGGGCGGGAACCAAGUACUCUGUGGCUGUUUUUGGGAUGUUUGACGGCGGCGUGAGCUCGCCGCUGGCCGGGGAGGAGAAAACCACUCUGAUGGACGAACCGGAACCGGAGCCUCUGGAUCCCUCCGACAGCCAGUGCCGGACGUCGGCGAAGGCCGACAUCGUCCUGCUGGUGGACGGCUCCUGGAGCAUCGGACGCAUCAACUUCAAAACCAUCCGCAACUUCAUCGCCCGCAUGGUCGGCGUGUUCGACAUCGGCCCCGACAACGUCCAGAUCGCUUUGGCCCAGUACAGUGGCGACCCGAGAACCGAGUGGCACCUGAACACACACCCAACCCGAGAGUCACUGCUGAAGGCCGUCAACGAGCUGCCGUACAAAGGAGGGAACACCAUGACAGGAAUGGCUCUCCGCUACAUCCUGCAGACCAACUUCCAGCCGUCGGUGGGGAUGCGUCCCGACGCCCGGAAGAUCGGCGUUCUGAUCACCGACGGGAAGUCGCAGGAUGAGAUUGUCGAGAACUCCCAGAGCUUGAGGGACAGCGGCAUCGAGCUGUACGCCGUCGGCGUGAAGAACGCCGACGAGAACGAGCUGCGCUCCAUCGCCUCCGACCCGGACGAGAUCCACAUGUACAACGUAGCCGACUUCCGCUUCCUGCUGGACAUCGUGGACGACCUGUCUAACAACCUGUGCAACAGCGUCAAGGGCCCAGAUUCUGGUCUCGAGCUGGGCCCGCCCACUGACCUGGUGACCUCUGAGGUCACGCACUACUCCUUCAGAGCCUCCUGGAUGCCACCAGAGGUCCCCGUCGAGCAGUUCAGGGUCACUUACAGGAUGGCCGCCGGAGGCCCCACCAUGGAGGUUCUGGUGGACGGCGAAGUGACCACCACGGUUCUGGAGAACCUGACGCCACAGACCCAGUACGUGGUGAACGUGUUCGCCGUGCUAGAGGGCGUCAGCAGCGAGCCUCUGAAGGGAACUGAGACCACCUUGCCUCUGUCUCCUGCGAGCAACCUGAAGGUUUACGAUGAGACGUCCAGCAGCAUGAGGGUGAGCUGGGAGGCGGCGGCCGGAGCGAGCGGCUACCUGCUGCUGUAUCGCUCCAUCAACGCCUCGGAGCCUCAGCAGGAGCGGGAGGUUCGCGUUGCCGGAGGCGUGACGAACACCCAGCUGCUGGAGCUCAUCCCCAACACGCAGUACGCCAUCACACUCAUGGCUCUGCACGGCGAGGCCACCAGCGAGGCCCUGGAGGGCCGCGGGGUCACCUUACCCCUGUCCCCUGCUGGAGAGCUGAGGAUCAGCGGCGUCACCCACAGCAGCAUGAUGCUGAACUGGGAUGCAGCUCCUGGAGCCGUCCGCAGAUACAUGAUCGCCUACAAACCUGAGGAGGGAGAGCUGAAAGAGGUGGAGGUGAACGGUGACAUCGUCACGCUGCAGCUGACCAGCCUGAUCUCCCAGACGGAGUACGACGUCGCUGUCACCCCCAUGUACGACGAGGGACCCGCCGCCCCCAUGCUCGGAACCGCCAUCACAGAUGUUGUCCCGGCUCCCAAGAACCUGCGGUUCUCUGAGGUGACCCAGAACUCCUUCAGAGCCACCUGGGAACAUGGCGCUCCAGAUGUGGCGCUCUACCGGAUCGCAUGGGCCAGGAAGGGCGAAAACGACUUCAAGAACGAAAUCCUGAACAAGGAUGAGAACUCGUACGUUCUGGAGAACCUGGAUCCGGACACAGAGUACACGGUCACCAUCACGGCCAUCUAUCCCGACGAGUCGGAGAGCGAGGACCUGAUCGGAACCGAGCGGACCUUGCUGAAGGCUGCAGAUGUGCGACCCGAGCCGCCGCGGAACCUGAGGGUGUUCAACGCCACCGUCUCCUCGCUGACCGUGAAGUGGGACGCCGCUCCUGGUCCCGUCAAGAACUACAAGGUCACAUAUCUGCCGGUGGCUGGCGGCGAGCCUCAGACGCUGCAGGUCGGCGGGAAGAAGACCAACAUCAUCCUGCAGCAGCUGCAGCCUGACACGCCGUACUCUGUUACCGUGGCAGCCGUCUACCCAUCAGGCGCCAGCAGGGACAUCAGCGGAGAGGGGAAAACCAAGCCCCUUGGCGGUGUGAGGAACCUGCAGGUGCUCAACCCCACCAUGACGACGCUGAACGUGCGCUGGGAGCCGGCGGAGGGCCGGGUCAACGAGUACAAAGUGAUUUACGCUCCGGCAGCCGGAGGAGCGGAGAGCAUGGUAGGACUGGAAACGGUGUCGGCGGGAACCACGGCCACCAUCCUGCGCGGCCUGCAGCCCGACACGCUGUACUCCGUCACGCUGGUUCCGGUUUACGCUCAGGGAGACGGAAAGAGGAUGUCUGAAAACGGGAAAACCAGAGCGUUAGGCGGCGUGAAGAACCUGAUGGUGAGCGACCCCACCAUGACCUCCCUGAACGUCCGCUGGGACCCCGCCGACGGCGCCGUGCGCCUCUACAAGGUUUUCUAUGUUCCCACCGCCGGCGGCCGAGAGGAAAUGGAACAGGUUCCAACUGGAACCACGGCCAUCGUCCUGAGGAACCUGCAGCCCGACACGCAGUACACCGUGUCCGUGGUGCCGGUGUACCCGGCGCGCGAAGGCCGGCGCCAGUCUGAGGACGGGAAGACGUUGCCUCUGAGCGGCGUCAGCGGCAUGAGGGUCAGCAAUCCCACCAUCACCACGCUCACCGUCAACUGGGACGCCGCCGACGGCAACGUCCAGGGCUACAAGGUCAUCUACGUCCCGGCGAACGGCGGCCUGGAAAUCGUGGAACAAGUGUCUGAGAGCACCACCUCCACCGUCCUGCAGAGGCUGCUACCCGACACCAGCUACACUGUCACCGUGGUGCCGGUUUACGCCGAGGGAGACGGGCCCAGCCUGACCGACAGCGGCAAGACCAGGCCGCUGGGAUCCGUCAGGAACCUGCAGGUGACCGACCCCACCACCAGCACCCUGAACGUCCGCUGGGAGCCGCCCGAGGGAAACGUCCGAACGUACAAGGUCCUCUAUGCCGCCCAGCCAGGAGGAGAACAGGAAGUGGACCAGGUCCCUGGAACCGUGUCCAGCAUUGUCCUGAAGCAGCUGCAGCCGGACACGGAGUACUCGGUCACCGUCGUCCCCGUCUACCCGGAGAUGGAGGGGGAGUCCAUGUCUGAGACGGGGAAGACAAAUCCGCUGGGCGGAGUGAAGAACCUGAAGGUGGUGGAUCCCUCCAUCAGCACGCUGACCGUCCGCUGGGACCCGGCCGUGGGAAACGUCCGAACGUACAAGGUCUUCUAUGCCGCCCAGCCAGGAGGAGAACAGGAAGUGGAGAAGUUUUCUGGUGGCACCACCACCACAGUCCUGAGGAACCUGGAGGCCAACACGCUCUACAGCGUGGCCGUGGUUCCUGUCUACCCCGACGUGGAGGGGAUCCGGCAGGAGGACCAGGGCAGGACGAAGCCGCUGGGCGGAGUGAGGAACCUGCAGGUGACCGACCCGACCACCAGCUCCCUGAGGGUCCGCUGGGAGCCGGCCGAGGGCGACGUCCGUCAGUACCGGGUCCUGUACGCGGUGGCGGCCGGUGGCGCCGAGAGCGCGACGCAGGUUUCCGGGCUCACCAGCAGCACGGUUCUGACGGAGCUCAGCCCGGACACCGAGUACCAAGUGACCGUCAUCCCCAUCUACGAGGACGUGGAGGGAAAGCGCAUUUCUGAGAAUGGGAAAACCAAGGUUCUGGGUGGGGUGAAGAACCUGCAAGUCACCGACCCGACCACCAGCUCCCUGAAGGUCCGCUGGGAGGCGGCCGAGGGCAACGUCCGCCAGUACCGCAUCUUUUAUGUGCCAGCAGCCGGCGGCGCCGAGGACAUGGAGCAGGUUUCGGGCGGAACCACGGACACGGUCCUGAAGAACCUGCUGUCGGACACGCCCUACAUCGUUACCGUGGUUCCUGUUUACCCCGAGGGCGAAGGCCUGCGCCAGGCUGACAGAGGAAAGACCCUUCCACGGACGCCGCCCAGGAACAUCCAGGUGUACAACCCGACGCCCAACAGCCUGAACGCCCGCUGGGAGGCGGCGUCGGGCCGGGUGCAGCAGUACCGCGUGGCCUACGUCCCGCUGAGCGGCGCCCGGGCCGCCGAGUCGGUUCUGGUUCCUGGAAGCAUCACCAACGCCUACCUGGACAACCAUCCGGACACGCCCUACGCCAUCACCGUCUCUGCGCUGUACGCCGACGGCGAGGGGGCGCCGGAAGGCGACGGCAAAACGCUGCCUCGAGCCGGCCCUAGGAACCUGCGCGUGUACGACGCCACCACCAGCAGCCUGACGAUCGGCUGGGACGCCGAGGGCCCGGUCCGCCAGUACAGGAUCGCCUACGCUCCCAUGACCGGAGACCCCAUCACAGAGUUUACAAUGGCUCCAGGGAAUCGGAACAACGCCAUGCUGCCCAAUCUGCUCCCAGACACGCCCUACAACAUCACCGUGGAGGCCAUCUAUGCCGAGGGGCCCGGAGGGUCCCUGAACGGGAACGGACGGACAAUCGGCAUGCUGAGUCCCAGAAACUUGCGGGUCUCAGAUGAGUGGUACACCAGGUUUCGGGUGUCCUGGGAGCCCGUCUCUGCUCCGGCAGGGUACCGGCUUAUCUACUCGCCUCAAGGUAAGAACCAGCCUGUGGACUUCUUUGUGGGUGACGUCACCUCGUUCACGCUGACCAACCUGGAGCCUGGAACCACCUACGAUGUGAAGGUUCUGGCUCAGUACAACACCGGCAUCAGCGCUCCGCUUAUAGGAGAGGGAACCACGCUUUACCUGAACGUCACCAACAUCGAGACCUACGACGUCGGCCAUGACGGCUUCUGCAUCAAGUGGAGUCCGCACCGCGCGGCAACAUCCUACCGCAUCAAACUGAACCCUGUGGACCCCUCCAGUUUGGGUCAGCAGGAGGUCACCAUCCCGGCCGGCCUGCCUCAGUACUGCUUCGACGAACUGUCUCCGGACUCUCUGUACACGGCCACCGUCUUCGUUCAGACUCCCAACCUGGAAGGUCCAGGAGUCAGCGCCAAGGAGCGGACAUUGGUGAAACCGACUCCGGUUCCGACUCUGCCCCCGACCCCAACGCCGCCCCCCACCGUCCCCCCUGGAUGGGCAGUGUGUAAAGGAGCCAAAGCAGACGUUGUGUUCGUCAUCGACGGCUCCUGGAGCAUCGGGGAGGAGAGCUUCACCAAGGUCAUCCACUUCGUCUCCAGCAUCAUCGCCGCAUUCGACGUCGUCGGAUCGUCAGGGAUGCAGGUUUCCUUCGUUCAGUACAGCGACGGCUCAAAGACCGAGUUCAAGCUCAACUCUUACGCAGACAAAGGCGUCGCAAUGGCAGCCGUGCAUCACAUCCGCUACCGAGGAGGAAACACCAAGACAGGCGAGGCGCUGAAGCACACGUAUGAGAAGGCCUUCUCGGUGGAGAACGGGAUGCGGAGGAACGUCCCCAAGGUGGUGGUGGCCAUCACAGACGGUCAGUCUCAGGACGAGGUGAAGAAGAACGCCGCCAAGCUGCAGCAUGCAGGUUACAGCGUUUUCGCCAUCGGCGUGGCGGACGUGGACUUCGUGGAGCUGCAGGAGAUCGGCAGCAAGCCGAGUGACAGACACGUGUUCGUGGUGGACGACUUCGACGCCUUCGACUCCAUCAAGGAGAAUCUGAUCACCUUCAUCUGCGAAACGUCGACUUCCUCCUGUCCUCUCAUCUACCUCAACGGCUUCACCUCGCCUGGGUUCAGGAUGCUGGAGGCCUUUAACCUGACGGAGAAGACCUACAGCUCCGUCCCCGGCGUCUCCAUGGAGCCCGGAUCCUUCAACAGCUACACGGCGUACCGGCUGCACCGCGACGCCUUCCUGACCCAGCCCAGCACAGAGAUUCACCCAGACGGCCUUCCAGACACCUUCACCCUCAUCCUCAUGUUCCGCCUGCUGCCCGACUCGCCCACCGAGCCCUUUGACCUCUGGCAGGUCACCUCCAGGGACCACAAGCCGCAGACUGGGGUCACCGUGGACGGUUCUGCUCAGACCAUUUCAUUCUACAAUAAGGACCAAACCGGUGAAAUCCAGAGAGUCACGUUUGACCACAGGCUGGUGAAGAAGAUCUUCCAUGGCAGCUUCCACAAGCUCCACAUCCUGGUUUCCUCCAGCAGCGUGAAGCUGAAGGUCGACUGCCAGGAAGUGGAGGAGAAGAAGACGAAGGCGGCCGGCAACGCGUCCAGAGACGGGUACCAGGUUCUGGGCAAGAUGGCCAAGUCCAUCGGGUCCAAGGGCCAGUCAGCUACGUUCCAGCUCCAGAUGUUUGACAUCGUCUGCAACCUGGCCUGGACCAGCCGGGACCGCUGCUGCGACCUGCCCUCCAUGAGAGACGAGCUGAGGUGCCCCGCCCUACCCAACGCCUGCACCUGCACGUCGGAGGCCAGCGGGCAGCCGGGCCCCCAAGGACCGGUGGGCGCUCCCGGCAGUAAGGGGCCCCGAGGAGAGCGAGGCGAGGCCGGUGCUUCAGGGGCCAGCGGGCCUCCCGGGAACAUCGGACCCCCGGGGCCCAUGGGUCUGCCCGGCCCCCAGGGGCCCAGCGGCAUGUCCAUCCCUGGAGAGGCCGGUCGGCCGGGACCGAAGGGAGACCCCGGAGACUCCGGCCUGCCGGGACAGAAGGGUUCUCCUGGUGCCGUCGGUCCCGUUGGACGACCUUCUGGAGUGAGGGGACCUUCAGGAAAGGAGGGACCAGCCGGACCCAGAGGACCACCAGGACCCAUGGGUCCUCCAGGAACUCCAGGAAUUCAAGGCCCUUCAGGACAGCCUGGGAACCCUGGGGACCUUGGCCCCCCGGGAUCCGUUGGUCCAAAAGGAGACAAAGGAGAGCGGGGCGACUUCGCCCCCCAGAACAUGAUGCGCUCCAUCGCCCGCCAGGUCUGCUCCCAGCUGGUCAGCGACCAGAUGAGCCGGGUCAACACCAUGCUGAACCAGAUCCCCAACGGGAACUACCGCAGCAGCAGCAGCCCGGGCCCGCCGGGGCCGCCGGGGCCGCCGGGCAGGCAGGGGCCCCGCGAGCCCGGCGCCGGAGGCAGGAACGGGUUCCCCGGCAGCCCCGGCCAACCCGGCCAGCAGGGCGAGAGAGGUCCCGCAGGAGAAAAAGGUGACCGAGGAGUCCCAGGAGUCGGACAGAAAGGACCCAGAGGGCCGCCAGGUCCUCCAGGAGAGAGUCGGACCGGGACCCCGGGCCCCUCAGGCUCUCCCGGGCCCCGCGGCCCUCCAGGACGUCCGGGUUACGCCGGGGCCCGUGGCCCCCCGGGGCCCCCGGGCUACUGCGACUCCUCGCAGUGCGUGGGGAUUCCCUACAACGGCCAGGGAUACAUAGGAACCCGGGCCGGCGCCGCGCCCCAGGAGAACCAGCUGCUCCAGAACCAGCGCCGGAAGAGGGCGCUGCCCAGAACGCCGUCUGACGGGCUGACGUCAUCAGCGCGGCGGCCGAACGCCUGAAGGUGUUUGUGAAUACUGUUUGGCGCGGCGGUGUCGGCACUGGAGGAGGGAGUGUUUGACCCAGUUCUUAGAACCGGAGGAGGUUCUGCUUGGGACCAGUAAACCCAGUAAAGCCUGUGAGCUUCCCGUUUUCCUGCCUGUAACAUAUUUGCAUAGAGUGAGUGUUAAAGCCGCAGCUUCAGGUCCAGUAUAACUCGGCUUCAUGUGUAUCUUAGUAUUUAUCAGUUGCUUCAUUCUGUCACGCGCCGCUUCCUGUUGUUCUACCGGGUCGAGUCAGAACUUUUCAGACGCAGCAUCACUUUUUAUUGUUUUAGCUGCAGAUUGUGAAAUCCACAGCCGUAUUUUCUUAUUUAUUUCUGAAAACGGAAGAGGCAUUUUUCAAUAAAACUACUGAAAAUCUC